AUGGGGGGUCCCGUGGGGCCCCCGCUCUUCCUCCACGCCCCACACUGGCUCCUCUGCCUGCUCUGCCUCCUCCCGCAGCUGCUUAAACAGGCCGCUGCCGGGCCGAGCCGGGCGCCCGUGGCCCUGCCCCCAUGGGCGCUGCUGGAGCAGUAUUGCCUUGGACUCACAACCCUGGCCAACAGAUCAGGUGCCUACUCCUACUGCAACACGACCUUGGACCAGAUCGGGACGUGCUGGCCCCGGAGCGCGGCCGGAGCCCUGGUGGAGAGGCCGUGUCCUGAGUACUUCAACGGCGUCAAGUACAACACGACCCGGAAUGCCUAUCGAGAGUGCUUGGAGAAUGGGACGUGGGCUUCACGGAUCAACUACUCACAGUGUGAGCCCAUUUUGGAUGAUAAGAGGAAGUACGACCUGCACUACCGUGUCGCCCUCGUUGUCAACUACCUGGGUCACUGUGUUUCUGUGGCUGCCCUUGUGGCUGCCUUCCUGCUUUUCCUGGCCCUGCGGAGUAUCCGCUGUCUGCGGAAUGUGAUUCAUUGGAAUUUGAUCACCACCUUUAUCCUGCGCAACGUCACGUGGUUCCUGCUGCAGCUCAUUGACCACAAAGUGCAUGAGAGCAAUGAGGUCUGGUGUCGCUGCAUCACCACCGUCUUCAACUACUUCGUGGUGACCAACUUCUUCUGGAUGUUCGUCGAGGGCUGCUACCUGCACACGGCCAUCGUCAUGACCUACUCCACCGAGCGCCUGCGCAAGUGGCUCUUCCUCUUCAUCGGAUGGUGUAUCCCCUGCCCUAUCAUUGCUGCCUGGGCCAUUGGCAAGCUCUACUAUGAAAACGAACAGUGCUGGUUUGGCAAGGAGCCCGGUGACCUGGUAGACUAUAUUUACCAAGGCCCCAUCAUCCUUGUGCUCCUGAUCAAUUUUAUAUUUCUUUUCAACAUCGUCAGGAUCCUCAUGACAAAAUUGCGAGCAUCCAUGACAUCAGAGACAAUCCAGUACAGGAAGGCAGUAAAGGCCACCCUCGUUCUCCUGCCCCUCCUGGGCAUCACCUACAUGCUCUUCUUCGUCAACCCUGGGGAGGACGACCUGUCGCAGAUCGUGUUCAUCUAUUUCAACUCCUUCCUGCAGUCGUUCCAGGGUUUCUUUGUGUCUGUCUUCUACUGCUUCUUCAAUGGAGAGGUGCGCUCAGCUGUGAGGAAAAGGUGGCACCGCUGGCAGGACCAUCACUCCCUCCGAGUGCCUGUGGCCCAGGCCAUGUCCAUCCCCACAUCGCCCACACGGAUCAGCUUCCACAGCAUCAAGCAGACGGCCGCCCUGUGA